GUGGUAGGGUGGGGCAUUGUGGUGUAGUGUUUAGCUUGAGGUCUUUGGGGGAUCGCUGUAGUCGCACUCAUUCGAAUUAUUUAUGGUCAGUGAGACAGCGGAUGUUGUUAUCUGCAGCAGCGUGCACCAAGCUGUAUGUUAGCAUUAGUUCCUCUGCCUCGGCUUCAGCAGCAUCCCCGCUCCUCACGCCUGUCACUGAGACUCUCCAAGAUGAACUACACAGGUCUGGCCGGUUCCGGGAUGAGCAGCAGCUACGGGCCUCAGCAGCACUACUGCCUGCGCUGGAACAAUCACCAGCACAACCUCCUCGGGGUGCUGGAAGCAGUCCUUAACUCUCAGCAGUAUGCGGAUGUAUCACUCUUCUGUGAAGGCCAUGUCCUUCGGGUGCACAAGCUGGUGCUGCUGGCAUCCUCGGCGCACUUUGAGAGGAUCCUGCAGGCGUCACCGGAGGGGCAGCAGCCGGUCAUCAUAUUGGACGGCACCCGCUAUGCCGACCUCCGCGCCCUCGUGGACUACAUGUACCGAGGUGAAGUCAACAUUGAACAGGACCAGCUCUCCUCGCUACUCAAGACCGCAGAGACUCUUAAGAUAAAAGGACUGGCUGAUGUAGCGAGCAAAGAAGAAGACGAUGGCGGGGGAGGGAAGGAGCGGCGGCUGGAAGGCAGUGUGUCCUCCUCCACGCCUCCGCCAGCCAAGCGACCCAAGCCCUCGCCUGUGGAGUCUGCCCUCAGUCUGGCUCAGGAGGGCCGGGAGGUGCGGGUGGGCGGCAGGGACGGUCGGUCAGACAUGAGAGACAUCAGAGAUCUGUCCAACUUCAGCAUGGUGCCCGGAGGCUACUCACGGCGCCCACCCUCUCCGCAGGGACCCAACAUACCUUCCACAGGCUCGUUCACUCAGGCUCGCUCUCUCCUCUAUUCCUCGUCUCUCAUAUCCCGCCCAUCCUCUAAAAGCCCCGGCCCAACGCUGCCCGCCCCACCCUUCUUUCCCGGCGGUUUGGUGAGGCCUCGUUCGCCCCACCACCAAUACGACCCGACGGCAGGGUCCAGCCUCCUGCCGCCCCGCACCUCCCCGCAGUCCCCCGUGCCGGAUCCCAAGAUGGUACAGCAGCUUGGGGUUCCCCCAUUCGGCCUGCCCUUCACGCUACCUCUCCUGCACGACUCCAAGAAGAUGCUGGAGCGAAAUCCUCACAAGCUGCCGCCGCCGCCGCCUUCCCACUACGAUCACCACGACGACAAGGACCGCCACCUGCCCCUGUGGCCUCCGCGGGGGGCGUCCGAACUUGACCUGGAGCGGGAACGAGAAAGAGAACGAGAGAGAGAACGUGAACGAGAACGAGAACGUGAAAGAGAACGUGAGCGAGAAAGAGAACGAGAAAGAGCGAGAGAUCGGGAGGUAGAGAGGGAGAGAGACAGAGAAAACAUUAGGCUAUCAGAAAAAGAAUUAGACAAGGAAUGGGAGAGGGAGCGAGAUCGAGAAAGCGAAAAGCAGUUGCACCCGCAGCAACCACAGCCGCAGCAGCAACAGCAGCAGCAGCAGCAGCCGCAGUCACAAGUGUCGCAACAGCAACAACCGCCGACGCAGCCGCCGCCGCCGCAGCCACUACAGCAGCAGCAGCAACAGUCUCAACAGCAGUCGCAGCAGCAGCAACAACCUCCACCGCAAACACAGCAUCAAUAUCACCAUCAUCAGCAGCAAAAGCCACCACAGCCACAGCAAGAGGUGAAUGAGAAAGAGGCUCCCUCUCAGGAGUGUGACCGAAGGCAAGACGACGACAAGUCCCUGAGUCCAGCAGACAAGGACAGCCUGUCCCCGCCUGAGGAUGGUGGUCACCUCUCUCUGAGAGUGACUGUAGAGGAUGAGGGAAGACUUAAAGUCCCGUCUCUCGCAGAUGCCAUCCUGAGCAAGACGGAGCUGUUGACUCCCAAAGGCGAGAUGGGGGAGGAGGAGGAGGACAAUGGGCUGAGCACCGGCGGACGUGACAACGGUACUUCUGACAUCACCACCACCACCACCACCACCUCCCGUCAGCGCAACCUCUCCACCUCCUCCUCAGGCAACACCUCCACAGUUGAGCUGGUGAAGUGCCCGUAUUGCCCCCGCUCUUACCGACACCAGAACAACCUACGGACGCACAUCCGAUGCUUCCACAAGGGUGUCAGGAUCCCUUGUCCCAUCUGCCACCGUGGGUUCACCCGCUGGUUCACAGUGCGCUGCCACAUUGCCCGGGAGCACCAGAAUGUGGACUUCUCGCGGCCUGAAGCUCUGCCUGCCCAGUUGCGUCGAGCCCUCUAUCCUCCCUACCCAGAGUAACGGAGUCCGUCCCUACUGCCAAGGACUCCACCUCCCAAGUAUUCCAGCAAGUUAGGAAUGCAGUGCAGGCGGCUUUUCACCGUCCACACAGACACCGCUGCACUAGUGUAAUUCCGGCAAGUUUCCUGAGUGUGCUGCAGCCUGGUACAGUGCCAGACGAAUUGUCUGACCCGACUUAAAUGAACCAGCUUGCGGCAACGAGCGUGGGUGCUACUUGGUGCUCUGUUCAGAUGACCAGCCAAGCCUGAAGUAUUCAUGCGCGGCUGAGCGACCUGUAGACUGUGGAUGCAGGACCUGCUGGGACUCGCUAGCCCUCCAAGUGUUACUGGUGGGCUGUAGGUGAUGAUAGUGAUAGUCAGACUGUCGGAUUCGCGCUAGGAUCUUAGCAGUGCUUGUGAAGCACGCUAAACUGUGUUAUAUAUGGUUCAUGGCCGGUGUUCAUGUAGCUUCAAGUGUGCUAAUAUCAUAAUCCCAAUAGCAUAAGCGUGGAGUCGUCAUGCGAAUCUUGUUAACUGUAGGUUUUAUUUGAAAUGAUUAUAUUUUAUAGGAAACUAAUCACAAAUCCAAGAAGGGAAGGUAUGUUUCUUCUGUUCAUAAUAUAGAGAAUGAUUUCCGGUGUGGGUGCCUUAUGCUCAACAAAGCAAGCAUGCACAAAUGUUUGUAGAUAUACAGUAUUAUUUUUAUAGAUGCCAACAGUAUCCCUCCAGCAUAACACAAAAGCGGUCAGAGCCGGGAGCAAAAAUGUGGCAUUGGCAGUGUGGGGCAGGGAGGACCCGCACGCCGCUGCUCCUGGCGUCCAGGGGCGCGGAGCGGCGGGCGGCGGGAAGGAUUCAGGUUGUGCGCCUCCCUGCUUCACACACGCGAUGCGCCAUUGAACAAGAUGCUCAGGUAUCCACGCUGGGUCAAGGCCCAUCCUCAUCUACCUCAGGUUUUGUAUCCUUCUAGUGGUAACAGCACCUUCCUUGCUCACUCAACUACGUAUACAUUACGAGUAAAGAACUUUGCCCACCUCAAAAUAGGAAUUCUUAUUUUUUAUGACUGCUGAACAUCUUCCAGGGAAAUCGUACAAAGCAACUCAACUAUAUUUUAUAUAACUCGUUAGUCACUCAGUGUUUUAUAUAUAUAUAUAUAUAUAUAUAUAUAUAUAUAUAUAUAUAUAUAUAUAUAUAUAUAUAUAUAUAUAUAUAUAUAUAUAUAUAUAUAUAUAUAUAUAUAUAUACACUGUAGAAAUGUUAGUAUGUGCAGAUAAUGAAAUCCUAGAACAUGAUUGUUAGAUAAUACUUAACCAUCCUUUAGUAACAACCGUUCAAAAUAUAUAUUCAGGGAGAAUAAAGUUUAACACAACUCAGGAAGAGACGCGGUCACACGUUCCGACAAACCAACAAUAAGAACCUGUUGCUUUCACUAGUUUCAGUCCACGUGGUAUCAAGCAGGUUAGCGCAACACUCUAGUUACAGAUUUUCCACGUCAUUCAGUAUUGCUCAAGUCAAGGAAGGAACAAGUCAGUUGUUUAGCAACUUGGUCAUGUAGUGCUCCAACAGAGCAUUUGUUUACCCAGGGGGACACUUCCUUACAUUAACAUAAUCUUCUGCUGUCUCCGCUGCCGCUGCCUCCUCUGCGAGGCGGACUCUCAGUGAACUGCCAAAGUUGGCUAAAUGUCCGCCUCGUCAGUGCUGGCAGUUGACUUUCACAUUCCAUUCAGUUUGCUGGAAUCCCCACAGCCGCCCUCACCGCCCUCACUGCACCCUCUCCCACGCACCCCAACACUGGGCACUGCUCAUCUUAGUUUUGACAUGGAAAUAACACACACACACACACACACACACACACACAUACACACACACACACACACGAAAGCAAAUAUUUCAGAUUCCAUCAUAAGUAAAUACCCCUGAAUAUCUUUUAGUAAACCCUUUGUGGUUCAUUAAGUCUCAGACUGUCAGAUGCGGGUGUCCACGCAGAGGUCGCCUGCUGUCAGGGGUUGGGCGGUCUUUCUGGCGCUGCGAGAAGCAUUUUUCAUCUCGUUAAGUAAUAUUUUCAUAAUCCCACAAUUUCCGAGCAUUUUACUCAGGAUUCCUAAUACAAACGUGUAUCUUUGUGAAUAUUUUUGAUUUAUAUACACUGUUGCAAUAUGCGUGUUUAUAUUAGUUGAUGUAUGAGUUUAGUUUUAGGUGUGACAGCUUUUUGCAUAGCCAUACUGCAUGCGGUGGAUAGUCACAAGGACCACACAGGGGCCGCCUGCGGUGCGCCGGCGCGGGGCGGGGCACUCCUUGACCCGUAUUUUAAAACGCUUUGCACUCUCAUAAGGACUAUUUUUCAAAGGCCGCUGAGAUGACUAGUCAAGUUCUCACGGGUGUUUUUUUUUUUUCCCCCAUUGAUGGUGUAGAAUUCUUGUUAAACUAUCACUAGAACCUUUAAAACACCCUUGAAAACCCGAAUAGUUUCCACUAGAGCCCGUUAAAAAGUAGUCGAGAUAAGACAGCGAAACGUUUGGGAAUACAGGCCCUGAUCUGUUUGCAAUCGCUGUCUCACUCACUACCGAUAUAUUUUCCACAACGAAUACCAGUCAUAAUCUCAGGAUGUUCUUUGUGUUCCUAUUUCAUUUCGCCCCAGCCGCGGCAAGAGGCUCCUGUGCGUGCAGUUCAGGAAGUAAUGUGAUGCUGACGCGCAGUUCAGACAUCCCUGUGUGG